GGAGGCGCUGAGGGGGUUUGGCAGCGGCGGGCGCGUCUCUCCGGUUUCUCCGUGCGCGAUCCCUUCCCUGCCUCCCUCCAGACAACAGGGGUCCGUGAGGGCGGCCAGGGCCGGGCGGAGUCUUCGUGGGGAGGCCCGUGGGAGGCUCCGCGUCUUCUGUGGCCCGAGGGAUGGGGCUGAGCGCUCGAUUCGUUGGGACGGAUUCGUAGUAGAAGCAGGUCGGGCAGCCCCGCUGUUCCCGGAGAAGACUUGGCAAGCGAAGAGACCGGGGCGACGGGCUCUGUUCCCGCGUGUGAUGUUCACUGGAGUCCAGAUCGACUUGCAUUAUGGCAGGAAUAAAACUCAGCAGCGGUUUUCAUGCAGAUACAUUGUAUGAAUAUCUUAUCCUUCAUCAUCCUGGACUUUAGGUUGUUGCACAAUAUUAAAAAUUUUUUGAACCUGACCUUAAAACUCAGUCCUUGUCUCUGGUGUGUUCCAUCUUUUGGGGUGGUUUUUAAAAUAAUUUUAUUAUUAAUUAAAACACUUCUUUAUCGGUCUCAAGGCAGCAUACAACAUUAUUUAUUACAUUUGCAGACCAGCCUUCAUCCAUAGAUUUCAGAGCAGUUCACAACAUAAAAAUAUAGCAGCCACUUUAAAAUCAAUACCAAUAAAGAGGAGAAGGCAGCUGAUAACCCAAGGCAAAAUUAAAGCAGUGUUAGAAACUCAAAUAUAUGAGCUAGAUGCCAUAUGGCUCCUUAAAGCAGGGUUGCAGUCGCCAAAACAGAAUGCCAAGUUGCCACUUUUGGGCCAGAAGGCUCCAAAGUCGUAUUUUACAAUAAGAUUUUUUGAUUCCUGAAAUUCAUUCUGGUUGUGCAGAUAAAGAAGAAGAACAGAAGAAUAAUUUAUUAUUGGCCAAGUACAUUUUCCAACAUACUUGGAAUUUGUUUCGGCUACAUUGCAAUGUAAACAUACACACACUGUUCCACUCACAAUACAAAUAAGCAAAGAAACCCACCCAUAAUUGACCUCCCCUUCAGCUACACAUCUACAAAUUUAACAAUUUAAUGGCACAAGGGGAAAAACUGUUCCUGUGCCUGGCCGAUUUUGUAUAUGAAGACCUGUAGCUCCCAUCAGUGCUGACCAUGCUGGGAUGGGGCUGAUCAGAGUUUGAGACCAAAACAUUGGGUCUCUGCCAAUUCUGCCUCUCUCCUAGAUUACAGUAUUAUCACAUGUUAUGUGCAUUUAACUCGUGUGAUUUCAACCAUACAUAGUUGAAGGCUGGCUGGUUGAAAUUCAACAUGUUAAAUGAAAGCAAAGCAGACAGCUUAAAAGGUUUUUUUGUGCUGGUGAAACCUGGUGCAAAAAGUGCUUUUAAGCUAUCUGCUUCUCUAAGAGGGCAAGGUCCUCUCUGCGCACCAGUUUUGGGAUGCUCUUGCAAGAUCUCGCGGGCCUUUUUGAGUUCCAACAAAAUCUUAUGUGAGCAUCCCUAGCAAGCAAGGCUAGGGAAAGAACUAGAGCUCUUUUCAUGCUGGGAGAACCAGAGAGCACGGGUUAGUAAUGGUUUCCCACCUUAUGACCAAGUCAUGGAAAACACAUUUCUUGAUGUGCAAUUGCAUUGCAGAUGGAAGCUGUGUCUGUGACAAGCAGAAUGCUUACUAACUUGUUAUAGUAUCUGCUGUUGAAGACUGUAAAGGAAUAAUUUGUUUAAAGAACUUCCAUUUUAAGUUAUUUACUGCUACAUUAGUUGAGUGAAUUACCUUUUUAAGAGGCAAAUGUUAGCUUAAAAUGUUGUUUUUCAUUCUUUGAUAGUACACAUGCCAUAGACCAAACAGACUGACUCCAGGUGAACAUGGCCUUCUACAGCUGUAACAUAUUCCUUGCAGUAGCUAGGUCCAGGGGACCUCAUCUUCUUGUACACUCCAUCUGCUCCCCAUUCUCCCCAUCGGUUGUGUUUGCCCAGCUGUUGGAUUCCCACCUUAACCGAGCAUACCUGAAGGACUCGGAGAGCCAGCAGUUGCUCCUCAGUGUGCAGCAGGGCAUUGGGUUACCUCAGUUGCUAACUAAGCCCAUGCGAAUGCUUCACACGUCAGCUUCCUGGCACCAAGAGCUUCAGGACAAAACUCAGCCUAGCCAAAGUACUGUAACAAAGGACACUGAGCUGGCCAAGGUUCCAGUGGACCAAGCAACAGAGACUGCCAAGAUACCGUUACGCCAGAGGAUUAUUGAUGAACUAAAACAUUAUUACAAUGGAUUCCAUCUGCUUUGGAUUGACACAAAAGUUGCUGCUAGGAUGGUGUGGAGGCUGUUACAUGGGCAAGUUCUCACUCGGAGGGAAAGGCGAAGGCUGAUGAGAACCUCUGCUGAUCUUUUCCGGCUGGUUCCCUUUUUGGUGUUCAUCAUUGUGCCCUUCAUGGAAUUCCUCUUACCUGUAUUUCUGAAACUGUUUCCUGAGAUGCUGCCAUCAACCUUUGAAACCGAAUCUAAAAAGGAAGAAAAGCAGAGAAAGAAACUGAGUGCAAAGUUGGAACUAGCCAAAUUCCUGCAGGAGACCAUCGCAGAGCUGGCCAGAAGAAACAAAGCCAGUACUGGAGAAGCCACGAAGCAAUUCUCUUCUUACGUUCAGCAGGUUCGGCAUAGUGGCCAACAGCCCAGCACCCAGGAGAUCGUGCGGUUUUCAAAGCUCUUUGAGGAUGAGCUGACCCUGGAACACUUGGAGCGGCCACAGCUGGUAGUCCUCUGCAAAUUGCUUGAACUGCAGCCCAUUGGCACUAAUAACCUCCUCCGCUUCCAGCUUUUGAUGAAGCUCAGGUCUAUCAAAACAGAUGAUGAAAUGAUUGCCAAGGAAGGUGUCAAUGGCUUGAGCGUGUCUGAGCUGCAAAGUGCCUGCAGGGCCAGAGGAAUGAGGUCCUUGGGCCUCACGGAGGAGCAGCUGAAAGAGCAACUCAAACAGUGGCUAGAUCUGCAUCUUAGAGAAAACGUCCCCCCUUCUCUGCUGCUACUUUCUCGUGCCUUAUAUUUGACAGAGGUGAAGCCCAAGCCUCUUGUGAAUCCAGCUGAGCCUCUGAAGACUGAGGGUGAUGCAGACACAGAUGAUGAGGAUCAUGAGACCUUGUUGGAUUCUGCCCCCAAAGUACAGGAAAGAAAGAGUGAAGAAUUCAUAUUGCAGCCAACAGAGAAAUUAGCAGUUCCUGAGGUGUCAGUCAAGCCUCCUGCAGGAGAGACGAAAAUAGAAGCCUCUCGGAGCAGCAAAGCUAGCGCUAAUGGAGUCUAGCUGUUCUACCAACAAAUAUUUGGGCACUCCAGGAUUAAAAGCUCCUUUCUCUGAAGUUGCAGCUUUUGUAGACUAGCCCCUUUCCCACUCCUUUGAUCUGAUAUGGAUGCUUUUUCUUUGCAUCUAAGCCAGUCUGAAGAGCAUGUUGUAUACACUGCCACUCUCUUCAUUUAUUUUAUUCUGUGUCGUUUAACUUAUUUUUUGUAAAUAUGUACAUAGGCUAUGAUUGGGAGAAGGUGUAACUUAUGCAAUCUUGUCAGAUGUUAAGAUUUGUCUUUCUAAAAUUUUUAGUAAAGCAGUGGUUUGUUAUUAGUUGGGUGGUGUUUUUGUGUGUGCAUGCAAACAGCUGACAAGCAUCAGUACUAUAACAAGUACUUUUCUGUGUGGACAUUACAGUAUAUAAUUUUGGGCUUCCCAACUUAGAGGCUGGCACACCUUGAAUUUGAACUGAUUUACAGGCUGAUCCUAAACAGUUGCAUUUAAGCCAGAGCCACAAUCACAUAAAUUCUUUCGGAGAAGCCUUGCACUUUAAAUGUAUGGUGUGGAAAUGACCUUAGAAGGAAGCUCUGGAUGACUCUCUUCCAAAUAAGCAUGCAUAGGAUUGCAGCUUUACCAUAACUAUUUUAUUUUACAAAGGUGGGGUAGAAUGAAUGAAAAAAAAAAAUACCGGUAAUUCCCAUCCCUCUCUAAGCAACAACAUCUGAUUACUCAAUGGAGAAAAUUCAAAAUGCUGCUUGAACAGUUAUUCCUACUUAGUAUCACCAGAGAGCAGCAGAGUACAACAUUUCUUGGAGGACUCAUCCUUACAAAUCACUGGGAAAAGAUACUAUUUCCUAAGCAGAAGAACGGCGACUGUCACUGAAGGCAGUGAAAACAAACAUCCAGUCCUGAGUCACUCGAUGCAAGAGAGAAGUUCUGGUGAUGUAUGUGGAAUAGUCUGCUGCUUCCCACACCUUAACUGGGAGCUUAAUGCAUCCUUUGCCUGUCUGCUUUUUACACCCCCUCUUGAGAAUCUUCUCUGUCCUCAGCAUUCUAAGGACAACCACUUUGGCUCAUAAAGCUGUUUUGAAACCUAAUUUUUCCAUGUUACUGAGGAAGGUAAAACACAAACAUCUUCACUACUUUUAAGUUUCUUUUGUCAGUUUCUUUGGACUACAAUAAGAGCCCUGCUGGGUCACACCAAAGGCCCAUCUAGGCCAGCAUCAUGUUCUUAAACUGCUUGUAAGCAGGAUAUGAGCCCAACAUCCCUCUCCUUAAUCUUGGCUCACUAGCAACUGAGCUAUACCACCUCCAAUACUCCACCAAGCAUCCCUGCUCACCCAUAUUGGCUCAGAGACUUCUAUCGUUCGCAUGUAAACACCUAGAGACUGUGUUUCUCUCCAAAUCUUGUGGCAUCCAUCUGUCUUGAGAGACAAUGGAGUGUGCCUUGGGGGUGAAGUUAGCAGCACUGAGGUGACCUCCACAGGACGCAAGCCUGGGCAGGGUGAAUGGCACAUAGGCUUUACAGCACAUUAGCCUCUUAGAGUUGCUGUCAUGUCCCCCGGCACUUUUCUUACCUGGCUCUACCUGCUCUCAUUGGGCUAAAUGGUUCACUCUCCUCCCUUAGGGAAGAUUCAUUCUGAACCAGACACUCCGCAGCUCCUUUCAGUUUUCCCACAGACACCAGUUUGAAAACAGAUGGGCAGAGCCCUCCAGCCCCCUCCGGGUGACACUGUGGUCUAAACCACUGAACCUCUUGGGCUUGCUGAUCGGAAGGUUGGCAGUUCAAAUCUCCACGAUGGGUGAGCUCCCAUUGCUCUGUCCCAGCUCCUGCCAACCUAGCAGUUCGAAAGCACGUCAAAGUGCAAGUAGAUAAAUAGGUACCCCUUUGGUGGGAAGGUAAACAAUGUUUCCGUGCGCUCUGGUUUCUGUCACAGUGUUCCGUUGCACCAGAAGCGGUUUAGUCCUGUGGGCCACAUGACCCGGAAAGCUGUCUGUGGACAAAUGCCAGCUCCCUCAGACUGAAAGCGAGAUGAGCGCCGCAACCCCAUAGCCGCCUUUGACUGGACCUAACCUCCUUUACCUUUACCUUAUUUACACCUGGCUGGAGUGGGUGUUAAAUUGUCCCUCCUCCCAGUUCUCCAGACCAAACUUACCCCCCCCUUGUGCCCUUCAAAUGUGCAGACGGGUCACUGCCUUGCCGUAGCAGGCAGCAGAAAGCCCUGAAAUUGGGUGUUCUGAGCCAGCCUGGGAUUCACGGGCUCUUGAGCCAAGAUCACAGCUGCUGCAUACAGCAGGAGGCCCAAUCCAGGACUGAUUUGUCUCUCCCUCCCCCCUACCAUGAGCUGCAGAGCAGUGGGUGCAGUAGCAGCUCCCCACCCCACAAAGCUGCUUCACUUGUGUGUGUGAAAUUUAAUAUUGUGCCUUGAACCUAUUGGUUUUAUAACUGCAUCUUGCAAAGGAAUCAAAGCUCAUCCGAAUGAAGCAUUAUUGAUUGUUUUUCAAAUAAUAUGAUACAAGCAAAAAUCAAUCUAUUUGUCAAAAACUAACCCAAGCCAUAACAAGACAAUUUUAUACGCAUUGAAUAAAUAAAGCAAACAUGAAUUGAAAAAAUAAAUAAAUCAUUAAACCAACUCUAAAUAAAAUGGUUUUGGCAAUUGUUUCGGAGAAGAAGUCGGAGGAGGCUCCUUUCUGGCCUAGAGCCUGUCUACUUUCCCAGGCCCUUUCAGUAAACAUUUGCAAAACUAUCCCUAUGACUGUUGAGCAGAUCAUGAGUUAUCUUAUAAUCUUCCCAGGAGAGGUUUUAACAAGGGAUUUCAUCCUGUAUGCAUAUAUUGUUACAAGACUUGCCAACUCAUUGCUGUGGAUAGGACUAGCACUUAACACGUUUACCAAGAAGCAACGCUGGGACAUCUUUGGGAUUCCUCCAAGGAAGGCUCAUGGUUCAUGCUGGAUAGGAAAUAGUAGGAGAUAUCCUGGCUUAUUUUGAAUGGAAAAUGUGAUUUUCCCCACCCCAGUUAAAGGGAGAGGGCAAAGGUGUGUGCCUGUGUGUGUGUGUGUGUGUGUGUGUGUGUGUGUGUGUGUGUGCGCUUAACUGAGAAAGAGAAGCAUGACAGAGGCAGUAUCUGUGCAAGAAAGAAAGGGUUUGGGUUUGUUUGUUUGUUUGUUUGUGUUGCAAUAUUUUUGAUUGUUUUGAGAUAACAAUAAUAAUUCACAACUACAAACAAACAAUCCAGUCACAGAUAACAAGCUAUUAUCAUUGUAUAUUGAUUUCCAUACUUUAACAAGUACAUUUAACAAUGUUCCACAGAUUUCUGAGCUGCAAUAUACCUCCCUCCACACUGGCUCUUGAGUGCUGGGAGGAAAGAAUUUUUUUUACACCCGCUUGAUAUACCUAUGUAAAGAAGAGAAAGCAGAUUCCAUCGAACCUUCUAUCUUGGAUAGUUCAGUUGUUUAGAGCUUGGUGCAGAUAACGCCAAGGUUGCAGAUUCAAUCCCCACAAGGGACAGCUGCCUAUUCCUGCAUUGCAUGGGGGGGGGGGGAACCAGCCAGGUGAUCCUCGGGGCCCGUUGUUAUUCUCCCAUGUUGCAUAAGGGGCUCUCCAACAAAGCCACGUCCCAUACAUUUUUGCCUAAGAUCUCCAAAGACAGGUAAAAGAAACUGCAGAUUUUAGGGGAUCAGAGAGAGAGGACUAAGAUCGCUGGGGGUCCCCCUCCCCCUUGCCUGGCAGUCUUGCCCUCUGGUGCUAAUGACCCAUCCGGCUAGCCCCGCCAAGCUGGCUUGGCUUGUUAGCAUAACUAAAUCCAGUGGGUUUCCGUAUUUGGCAAAGUUUAAUCAAACCUUGAUUAAUUCUAACAUUUACUAAAUCCAUAAAUUAUAGAAAAGAUCUUGCACCCAAGAAUUUAGGGUAAUCUGCUCCCCACCCCACAAGCCUAUAACAGGAUGUUGCUCUAAUGAAUUGCCUGCCUUCAGUUAGGGAUGGAGGAGGAAUUCAAUUUAGUUUGCAUUUAAAGCCAAACCUACCUAAUUCACACUUUCUGAAACAAUACUGAACUGAAAACAUCCUUCAAAGCUGCUAUCAGUAGAAGGGGAGAUCAAAUACUCUUUCCUGGAAGGACGAGCUUUCUGACUCACAAUAAACUAGAAGGCAAGUUUUGCUUUAUAACUAUUCCCUGGUACCAGCCCUAUUAUUUUAUCUUGCCAUUUUAUUGGUUUUAUGUCGCGAGGCUGUAGGAAGCCAGGCUGGUUUGAGCUCUUCCUCAGUUUUUUUCAAACUGACGAACCCUAUAAGCUAUAACCCAGAAAUCAAGGUACAGUAAUAUUUUAAUUGACUAACAUGAAAACUAAAAAGGGGAAAGGAGUAAAAGGAGAAAACAAUAACAUUAUACUGACGAAUAGUCCUUUUGCCGGAGAUACUAACAACCAUGCAUGCAAUUCAGACCCCCAUCUAACAUUACCAAUAAUCAAUUUUAUAUCUCACACCUCCUAUAAGCAGCAGCAAGGCUGCUGCGACGAACCCAGGACGUUGUCACCAAUUAUUAUGACAGUCCCGGCGUUGUCACAAAAACUUUCGAUGAUCCCACCUAAUAGGUGCGGAUCCCACCCAAAAGCAAUGUGCCUCCCUUUGUAUAACUCUAUCAGAGUGUUGAAGGAAAUAGGUUAUUCCCUAAACAACCCACCUAUCCUUCUUACGCCCCAAAUAAACUGCCUGUUUAAGAUUGGGAUCUGCUAGUAAUUGAAUUGCCGUAACGCGGCUCAGUAUCCUUUCUAACUCCCGACAAGUGUAUCAGAAACCACCUUGUGCUCACUGUAAGGAUUCCCUUUUCAACCUAAGGUUCACCUCCACAGCCUGUUGCUACUUUGUGGUGCCUCCUCCUGGCACUUGUCUUCCCUGGGCUUGACCUUGAGGUUUUAAACUAUUUUCCUGCUCCUCAGGUUUAGUCUAACCACCUCCCUACAGUCACAACCCCUUUGAGUUGGGAUACGUAGCUGGAAUAACUAGGCACAUGCGCUUUUAAUAUAACAUUUAAGAAAGCUUUAUUUAAACUAGAGGACAUUUAAAUGCGUAAUGGUUUCAUGUGUACAGGCUCUGAGAUCAUAUUCUUAGUUUCAUUUAACAAUGGCUAGAUAAUAUAAUUCUAGAAAACUCCUCAGAACACUAAGAUCUCCUACUCCUACCCACACGCUCCCUCGCUCCCUCUCAACUCCCUCUCAACCGAAUUAACUGCCUCCGCCCCUCAGGAAUGGAAUGCGUCAUUUAUCUAGGAGGUUGGGGUUUAACUCUUCACACCCUGGAGUUCUAUUGCCAACCAGACCAAUCCGUCACAGCUGCCAAGAGGAUUUUUAAGUAUUGUGCUUUAAUUUUUUUUUGUUAAAUUCAAAUUAUGGGCCAUGGUAAAUGCCUAAGAGACUCUGAUGAGGCAAUAUCUUCCCCGAGGUGUAAGCAAUUAAAAACUGACUCGCUCCCUUCCAGCGGUGGGAGUUGCCUUGCGAAAUGCAGUUACAUGGUGGAAACCCACAAUUGUUUCAACCCUCUAAUUGCCCUUGAAACAUCACCAAAAGUGGAGGUACUGAACACACCACGGAUUACACACGCUAAAGAAAGUAUUAUUGGUGAUGGAACCUCUUUGAAGGAGGAGUUAGAAGAUGAACAGGGUGACUGUACAGGAUGUGAACAGCUUCAUCUAAUAAUUAGAACUCUACAUUGUAUAUUCAAGAGGAUUGAUGGGUUAUCCUCACAGUUGUAUAAACUCCAACAAAAACUUGAUAUACCAUCAUCGCAGGCAGCUCUAGCCGUGGCAGUAGCUGAUUCAAUGAGUCAGCGAAAUAUCCCCUCCAUUAACAAAGGAAUUGAUAAUUGCAAAUACAAUUUAAAUCCCCUACUGAACCACCAAUCUCUGAUACUGCAGCCAAGGAAAAUAUGCUUAACUAUUUGGGGCGGGGCUCCAAGGUGGCUUACUUUGAGGGGGGUUAAAGAGUACUUAAGCGAGCUCCUAAAUGUUGAGGUAUCGCAAAUAGGCCUAAGUGCAGUGCUCCCUUUAAAC